AUGACUCAUUUGCAGGCAGGUCUCUCCCCGGAGACUCUGGAGAAAGCCCGGCUGGAGCUGAACGAGAACCCGGACACCUUGCACCAGGACAUCCAGGAGGUGCGGGACAUGGUCAUCACCCGGCCGGACAUCGGCUUCCUCCGCACCGACGAUGCCUUCAUCCUGCGGUUUCUGCGGGCCAGGAAGUUUCAGCACUUCGAGGCGUUUCGCCUCCUGGCCCAAUACUUUGAAUAUCGACAGCAGAACCUGGACAUGUUUAAGAGCUUCAAGGCCACAGACCCAGGCAUCAAGCAAGCACUGAAGGAUGGUUUCCCCGGCGGGCUGGCCAACCUGGACCACUACGGCAGGAAGAUCCUCGUCCUUUUUGCUGCCAACUGGGACCAGAGCAGGUACACACUGGUGGAUAUUCUGCGUGCCAUACUUCUUUCUUUAGAAGCCAUGAUAGAAGACCCCGAGCUGCAAGUGAAUGGAUUUGUUUUGAUUAUAGACUGGAGCAACUUCACCUUCAAGCAGGCCUCCAAGCUCACACCUAGCAUGCUUAGAUUAGCCAUAGAGGGCCUUCAGGACAGCUUUCCAGCUCGGUUUGGAGGAAUACAUUUUGUCAAUCAGCCGUGGUAUAUCCAUGCCCUCUACACAGUUAUCCGGCCCUUUCUAAAGGAGAAGACACGAAAAAGGAUAUUCCUGCAUGGUAACAACCUCAACAGCCUGCAUCAGCUCAUACACCCUGAGAUCCUGCCUUCAGAGUUUGGAGGAAUGUUGCCCCCCUAUGACAUGGGCACGUGGGCAAGAACACUGCUUGACCAUGAGUACGAUGAUGACAGUGAAUGCAACGCGGACUCCUACAACACUCCUGCAAAGGAUAUAGAAAAGGACCUCUCUCCCAAAUCCAUGAAAAGGUCUCAGUCAGUUGUGGAUCCUGGGGUGCUGAAACGCAUGGAUAAGAAUGAGGAAGAAAACAUGCAGCCCUUGCUUUCACUUGACUAG